CCGGAAGUGGCGGCGGGAGCGGGAUCGCUGAGCUGUAGGCCAGCGGGGUAGCAACCAGAAGCUGGGGGCGGGUCGUUGGUCAUGUUUCCCUUCGGGCCAGGUAGCCCGUUAGGGGACCGGGCGGCCGGAGCCGGGGCUGAGGAGCCGGCACCCCACGAGGGACCCGGGGCAGCCCCUGGGCCUCUCCCUUCCUUGCCCGUGCCGCCACCUCCCGGGGCUGUCGCAGCCCCUCCCCCGUCUCCGGGCGGGAGCUCUCGCAGCCUCGGCGGCCCCUCGCUGUCCCCAGCUGCACGCGCUGGGGAGCUGGGGCAGUCUGGAGCCCUGGAGCCUGCCGCUUCCGCCCUAGGAGAGCCAUCACGGUCUUCGCCACCGCGCCGAAGACCCGGGCCAGACUGCGGGGCCGGGAGCCGGGGUCGGCACGUCCUCGGCACCAGCCCGGGCGGCCCGGGCGCCCGGCUCUUUGGGUGGCUGAGAGAGCGCAGCCUGGGCCGCGGGAUGUUCGUGGACCCGGCGCGGGACAAUUUCCGCACCAUGACUAACCUCUAUGGCUCCAUCCACCCCGCGGACUCGGUGUACCUCAGCACUCGCACCCACGGUGCCGUCUUCAACCUCGAGUACUCACCCGACGGGUCAGUGCUGACAGUUGCCUGUGAACAGACUGAAGUUCUGCUCUUUGACCCUAUAUCAUCAAAGCACAUAAAGACACUUUCUGAGGCUCAUGAAGACUGUGUAAAUAAUAUCAGAUUUCUUGAUAACCGGCUAUUUGCUACCUGCUCUGAUGACACUACAAUAGCACUAUGGGACCUGAGAAAACUGAACACCAAAGUAUGCACUUUACAUGGUCACACUAGCUGGGUGAAGAACAUCGAGUACGAUACUAAUACAAGACUCUUAGUAACAUCAGGAUUUGAUGGAAAUGUCAUUAUUUGGGACACCAACAGGUGUACAGAAGAUGGCUGUCCGCAUAAGAAAUUUUUUCACACACGUUUUCUCAUGCGAAUGAGAUUAACACCAGAUUGUUCCAAAAUGUUGAUCUCGACGUCCUCUGGCUAUCUCUUGAUCUUGCAUGACCUUGACUUAACCAAGUCUUUAGAAGUAGGCAGCUAUCCCAUUUUGAGAGCAAGAAGAACUACGUCAAGUUCAGAUCUGACCACUUCAUCGAGUUCAUCUGGUCCUAGAGUCUCUGGUUCACCCUGUCAUCAUAGUGAUUCUAACUCCUCUUCUGAGAAACACACAUCACGAGCCUCACAGAGAGAAGGAGUUUCACCUCGGAAUAGUCUUGAAGUCUUAACCCCCGAAGUUCCUGGUGAGAGAGACCGUGGAAACUGCAUCACAUCCUUACAGCUGCACCCGAAAGGCUGGGCCACUCUUCUUCGGUGCUCGAGCAACACUGACGACCAGGAGUGGACUUGUGUUUAUGAAUUCCAGGAAGGAGCUCCCGUGCGACCCGUCUCACCUCGCUGUUCCCUGCGACUGACUCAUUACAUCGAAGAAGCCAAUGUAGGCAGGGGUUAUAUCAAAGAACUGUGCUUCAGCCCCGAUGGACGAAUGGUUUCUUCCCCACAUGGCUAUGGGAUUCGCUUGUUGGGCUUUGACAAACAGUGCAGUGAACUCAUUGACUGUUUGCCCAGAGAAGCCAGUCCCCUGCGGGUGAUCCGUUCUCUGUACUCUCACAAUGACGUGGUUCUGACAACCAAGUUCUCUCCAACGCACUGUCAGAUCGCCUCAGGGUGCCUUAGCGGACGGGUUUCUCUGUAUCAGCCAAAGUUUUAGGCACAACCUACAUCAAAUAAGCAACUCUUCUGGUGUUUGACAGAUAAGUUACUUCAAUUUAGGUGAAGUAUUUUCUUUUUAGAUCUUAAAAGUUUGGGUCAAGAUCCUCAUUCUUAUGGGUCCAGGAGCACACCUCUGACCUGCGCACCGGGUCGUCCAGCAGAACAGGGGCCUCGCCGAGUCCGACUCCACGCAGCAUCCCCAGUCCCGCUGACCUGCGCCGCUGAACUCCCGACACCCGGUUAUUCUGCAUGGUAGCUCUUGUCAAGUUUCCUUCUUUUUCUUUUUUGUUUUUUGAUUUUGAUGUGAAUUUUGUGGACAUCUGACAGGAGUUUUAGUUGGAUUAGGAGAAACCUGUGACACUAGAAUAAAACCCAAAAGUUCGAUGUUGGCACACUGGUCGUUGAAAAAGAAACUUCAUCUUCAUUUAUCAGCACACUUGGCCUUUUAAAGUUGCUGUUAUGUUUAUAAUGAGCACAGACAAUGGUGUUAUUCUCAUAACUGUUAGAUAGUCUUGCAACAAAAUGUUUUUUUAAGCUUCCUGUUAAAACUAUACCUAUUUUUUCACCAUAAGAGGGUUUUGUUGUGCAAUUCUAGAAGAAAUAUUAUCAUCUCUCUUUGUAAUAACUUGUAUGAACUUUAAAAUCUUUAGCAUGUGUCCUUACUUGGUAUUUUGUUCCUGCCAACAGCAUCAGGGAGGAAGAAGGGCAAAGGAAUGGGCUUUUGCAUUUCUUUUGUAUAGAAGAGAAUGUGUUUAUUGGAUCGGCACACUCUCUGACCAGUGAUGAGAACAGCGUAGCUCAGAUCUGCUCUCUCUGCCGGAGUAUUUGAAUCCCACAGGAUGACGUGUUACAGUAUUGGGGUGAAGGGGGAUCUAGAGUGAAGAGGCGGGUUUUGCUCGUAUUCCUUCCACAAGCCAGGUGGCAGUCAGCUCUCUCUGCAUCAGAGAACUGCAGUCCUCUUCAAGCUGCUGGCUCAACCGUGGUCCUCAGUAGCUUGGAUGUCAAGGCUAAAAGCUGAUAGGAAGACCUCUGCUAUGUUUUGCUAUGGAGCACAGUAAGUAAGAAGCACCAAGCAGGGCUCUAGCCAAAGGCCGACUGCUCUGCCGAGUAAGCAGUGUCCCUCCAGUCCCCCCACUCGGGGCGGUGUGGUGUUUGGAGGGGAACUGCCAGAGGCUGGAAUUAUUUAACUCACACGCUGGCUUUUUCCCUCUUCCUUCGCAUUUUCUUAGACAGUGAUUCUCAAACAUGAAGGUACAUUAUAAUCAUUGAGGAGCUUGUGAAAAUACAGAAGACGCCCUCACCUUAGGAGAUUCUGAUUCUGCCAGGGAGAGGACAGGAGUCCGAAUUUUAACAGGAACGCCAAGUAAUCUUUAUUCACGUGGUCCUGGAUCACUGUGUGUGAAACACUACCUUAAACACCAGUCAGUGCUUUUGUACCCAGCAGGUGCUUCACACAACUCCCAGGAGGUGUUUUGAUUAUCGUUUUUUAAAUAAGUAAAUGAAAGCGAUUUUAGAGCUAGAAAGUAAUAUAAGAAAGAAUCAUCUCAUUAUUUAAGGAACGAGAGAAGUGACGUGACUUGCCUACGGUCAUCCUGAAAAACCACUGGCAGAGCCAGGACCCCAGUGCAAGUCUCCUGAUUCCUUGCUCAGGGCAAUUUCUACUGUAUUAUGCUGUCUGUUAAAAUAAUGACUUGUGAAUACUUUAUUUUGUCUUUAAGUUGUAUUGUUGUGACUACCCUUAAAUUGGCCAAUAGAUGAAAAAAGAAGGCAUGGGAGAAGAUGCUGAGAAUUCCAGCCAUAGCAGAAGAGUAUUUUAAAUUUUAUGGAACUGUUUAAGCAACCCAGACGCCUAGAUAAAAAUGACAUGUUUCUUCUAGCAGGGCCCACCAGACAGCCAGGCACACACUGUAUACAGGUCACGUCUCACUUGGGACAGUGUCGGCUCUAGGACUGUUUUUUUUUUAAGGUUUUCUCUAUUUACUUUUAGAGAGAGGGGAAGGUUUGACCCUGACCUGGGGUCAAAACUAGAACCUUGGUGUAAUGGGAUGGUGCUCUAGCCACUGAACUACCUGACAGGACCUAAAAUUUGGCUAUUAUUUUAGUCAUCAAAAAACUUAUGACAUUGUACAUUAUAAACACAGGUUUGCCAUAAACUUAAAAAAUUAUUUUAACACUUAAAAGUUUGUUUUAAUAAUUACAUCUGCAUUAGCCUUAGAAAACAGUAACUCAAAGACUUGUUUUUUACUCCAUCCAAAAAUAAAUUUACCUUUCAAGGAUUUCUCAAGUAUAUCAUUUUUAAAGAUUUUAUUUAUUUUUAGAGAGGGGAAAAGAGGGAGACUCAGAGGGAGAGAAGCAUCUUGGGUUGCCUCUCUCAUGCCCUCAACUGGGGGCCUGGCCUGCAGCCCAGGCACAUGCCCUGACUGGGAAUCAAACUGGCGACCUUUCGGUUUGCAGGCCCGCACUUAAUCCAAUGAGCCACACCAGUCAGGGCUCAUGUAUAUCAUUUUUAAAAAAGAAGAGAAAAAAAGCAAAAUGAGAAUUGGGACAUAACAUACAGUUUCUUACUGGCUCAUUGAUAGCUUGUUUAUAAAAAACACAUUUAAAAGAAAAAGUUUCGGAGGUAAAAAUCCUCCAUGUUAACAUUAAAAAUGAGCUACUAAGUACCGUUAUUGUAUUGAUAAUCAAAAGAGGCUUCCACAAAUUCCAUCUCCUUUGGAGGGAGUUCCACGUUCACAUGCUGGGCGCACGUGUCGCCCGGCUCCAAACUUCAGUCCAUGGUUGUUUUAACCACUGGAGAGCACUUACCACACGUCAGAUAAUGCACACACUUCACUACUGACCCUCACAGGGACCUUGCAAGGUAGGCGGCAUAAGCACCAAGUUACUUUGGAGGGAAUGGAGAGUCAGAGAGGUUAAGUGAUUUGCCUUAAGUCACAGAGCUGAGUGGCAUCACUGGGAUUCAAACCCGAGUCUGUCUGUUCUAGUCUAAAACCUGUGCUUCCUGCCCUCCCAUUCUGCCCUCUGGUUUGUAAAGGAUGGUAAACUGCCUUGCUAAGUCACUUGUUUAGCAUCCUCCGGAAGUUCUUUAUUACGGAGCUGACUUACCUUCUGCAUCACGUGAAAGAACAGUUUUAAGAUUGACAAUUUCCAUUAGAAUUAAUACCAUAAACUUCAGGACAUACAUACGGUCCAUUCCUAACUAAAAAACCUCAAGCAGGAUACAUAGCUACAAAAUAAAAAGUAGAGGGUAACUAGCCUUGUAUAAAAAUAGAGCCACACAGAUGAGAUUUAAAAAUGCACAGCCAGCAAACUCAACAAAACCACCUUUGUCCUCUUUGAGGUGUGGUCGUGAUCAAAAAGUCAUCGGGGGUAUUAAUCAAGGAAUCAAAAGUCACCAGGAACGCUGUACUCUUGGGGGACAUCACAUCCUAUCAUUUCAAGGUUCCAUUUCACUUAGAGUACAAAAUCUGAUCUGGCAUUUUUUACUCUAAAUUGUACUUAGUCAUUGGUAUUCAUAGUUGGCACAUGUAUUGUAAUUGGUAAAACAGGAUAAUUGUUGGCAGUGUUUCUCAAAGCUUGUGCAGGCGGUGUAAGGCACUGCUGUGCCGAAUGACUCCAGGAACUCCGAAUGCACAGCAGUUCCUUAGUUUCAGUUGUGAAAAUGAAGUGGCUCAAGCAGCAGAGACCUCUAUUUUAAUAUGUGUGAUCUUUUUUCUUGGAAGCCCAGAAAACAUAUUUUGCUAUUUCUCUUUGUCAUAUCCCUGAGAAGAAGCCAUACCAAAAACUGUAGAAAAACAAGCAAGGAAAAGGUCAAUCACAGCCCCCCCCCUCCUGUGCUCAGCACCAAGGCCACAAUGUACCAUUAGUGUUAAAGUCUUGUUUGCUGGAACGUGAAAUGUAGGAAAAAUAUUCUGAGAGUCUUCUAGAAGCCUAGUGUUUCCCAGUCAGUCAGAAUACAUGGUUUUGGAUCCAUAAGUAUCUGUUAAGCUUGUGACAAGUGAGGGAAAUAUUCUGAUAACUUAUUGAUGACAAUCAGCCCCAUCUAGUGGCCAGUAGUCACUGAGAGCUGUGAAAUCUCACUAAGUAAUACCUGUGUUGGUCAUGAAGGAAAGCAUAUGUACGACUUUUUGGAUAACUAAUGAAUAUCUCUUAAGUGCCAAAAUUUAAAACUUGUAAUAAUUUUUGAAGUUUUUCAGAUGUUAGUAUACCUCCUUGCCUUCUUCUUAAACAGCAUGCUCAGUAUAAUCCACUUUCUCAUGAUGAAAAGUAAAAGUUAUAUUCGUGUAUCAUUAUAAAUAUCCAAGGAGCUCUAAUGUAUAUAAAAUAGUUCAUAAGAUGUAAAGGGCUAUAACAAAUAAGUUAAUAUCAAUGACUAUAAAGUGAUUCCCUCAGCCCUGAGGUAUAUAUAAUCAUUUGCCUCGGAUUGCUGUUUUCUUUUAAUUUAAAAAUGUUUUAUAUCUGCUAAGCAGUUUGUUCUGUCUCCUUCUGAUGUGUCAACAAGCCUGCCUCUGACAGGCUUCCCACCGCCUUCUAGGGAGCCGCGCUCCCCGGCUGGGAGCCGGACGUGAGAUAACCGAGAGGGCCUGGCGUCCACAGGGCGGACGAGCUCUGGCGGGCAGCCCUGCAGGCAGCUCUGUUGGUUGCUUACCCCUUUGUGACCUCGUGGAUGCCACAGUAACCUUCUGGAAACCAGAGGUUUCUGGUUACAGCGUGGCCCAGUGGUGUUUUCAAGUUGCUACUCAGUAAAAUACUACAGACUAAGGAUGUGGCUAGAGUAAGGAAUGGACAGCAGUGUACCAAAGAAUAGCAAGGCAGCCGCAAAGGCUCUGUAUGUGAGCCUUGAAGCCUGAAAAAAGUGGUUUUCAUGCUUUUAAGGGAAAAAAAAGGAAUGCAGAGGGGGGGAAGCAAUGAAAAUCAAAUCUAGAUAGACUUAAGAGUAUUUUUGAUGCCAUUAAAUUUUGUCCACAACCAUUAAAAUACAUGCUUAAAUGAUCACAUGUUGUUACAGAGACACAGUUUUAGUCUCAUUGCAGAUUAAGAUCAUAUCAACAUUCUUAAGAGUUUCUCCCAUUCAAAUGGCGAUGGAAAUUAUCAGAAGGAAAUUAACAAAUUUACCUGUCUUGCGCUCUCUCAGUUGUAAAUGAAUCAGAGGUAGAAAUACGAGUUGGGCGGGUGUUAUGAAAAGCUCCCUCUCACACGCGCCUCCUCUGUGUGUGUGUAUGUGCAUGUCACCCAGAGGUAAUAAAAUAAUUUUAAAUAUAAAUGUGGUCCAAAGUAUUUAAAAUAGAAUUUCAAGCUUUCCUAAGUUUCUUCCUCAUUUAGAUUUCAUGGUUUUUACAUUAAAAAUUGAAUAUUUGAAUUUUCUUUUAUUUCCAAAUUGUGCUUUCUGAUAAAUUUUAGAUGAACAUCUUCAAGAAAUCUGGGGUGUUCCAAACAAUAUAGUAGACACCAGAAGUGUCCUCCCUGGGCUCUGAGGUUCUCCGAAGUUCUUAUGCUAGACUGUAAGCUCCUUGGGGGCAGGGACCAUCUUAUUUAUUCCUGUUAUCCUCAGUGAUCCGUACAGCAUCUGACAGAGUAGUUGCUCCAUAAAUGUUUGUUAAAUGAAUAAAAUGAACCACAUACGUGUGGCCUCAAG